AUGAGGCGAGAAUCCCCGGGGACCCCCCCUCACAUCGCACCCCGGGCCCCCCCCCCGGCCCCUCCGGGCGGUCCCGGGAGAGGCGGGUCCGAAAGGCCGGGCCCGCCCCCGACCGGGCCCCGGCGCCGGAAGCGCCGCCCGCCCGCCGGGCGCUGGGGGAGGGCGGGCCGGGGAGGCCGCAGGUCGCUCCCCGCCCCCGGCGGCCCCGGCGUGGCCGCGCCCCGGCCCCGCUCCCCCUGCACUGACCGGCCGGGGGCGGCGGCGGCUCCGACCCGCUCACGGCGCCAUCUUCCUCCGCCGGGCACCGCCCUGCUGCGCCCGCCCCGCGAGGGGUUUUUGGCCAAUCAUUUACCAGGCAAUGGAAUGGACGAGGAGGACGAGCUGCGCUUAGCUCGGGGGGUGCCCAAAGCGGACGGGGACCCCCAACCCCUCAGCAAGAUCGGGGUGCUCGGGUGGAGGAGGUCCCAGAGGGGGUCGGGGGUCGCCGCCGCCGCCGCCGCCACCACCGGGGGUCCCGCCCCCACCCCGCGCCCCCCCGGCGGUGCCAGCCCGGGGGUGCCCAGCUGGCUCCAGCCCCCACGGGACCAGCAGCUCCCACUGGAGCCAAAUAAUUGCUCGGUGCUUUGUUGUGCCGUGUCUGUGGCCGCGGGGCCUCCAUUUGUGGGAACCUGCUGUGGCGAGAGCCUCCCUUUAAUUACCGCCCUCCCCGCGCUCCGGUUACUCAUCACCGCCUGGCACCGGCGCCCCGACCCCCGCCCCGACACCCCAAAAGCCACGCGGGGGUCCCGCCGGGGUGCCGGAGCCCUCCGGAGCCACCCCGGCACCCCCCGGCUCCCUCCCGCCCCUGGGGCGCUGCAGGUGGAAGGGGCGGGGGUGGGGUUGGGUGGCCCGGAGGGGUCCCCGGGGCUUGGGGACACUCGGGGACAUCCCCAGGGACACCGCGGCUCCGGCCAAGCUCGUAAAAGCCGCGGGAAGCAGCGCGGACGCGGGCGUUGGGUCUCUGUGCCGGGGACACGGGGACAGCCACGUGUGGGACGUGGCCGCGGCUCGGUGGCACCUGGCCCGGACCCCGAUUCUGUCCCUGCGCCCCGGGGCGGGACCCCGGAGCUGGCGGGGGACAUCCCAAAUGGCAUCGUCACCUCCCAGGGGCGGCACCCCGCGCUGGGGACCCUGCGAGGUCAGCCCGGGCUGGCGGGGGACAUCCCAAAUGGCAUCGCCACCCGGGCUGCGGACCCCCGGCGGCGACCCCGCAAUGCCACCACCAUCCCUUCCUCACCUGGCAUCGUCCCCACCGCGCCACCUCCAAGAGUCUCGGGGUCCCCCCCGGGCUCCCACCAGCACCCUCAGCAGGUUCAACGUCACCCCAGCGUCACCCCCUCGGGGCCGUCUGGGCGCCCCGCGGGCACCCCCGAGGUGUCCCCCCGGGACGGGGCGACCCAGACGGCGCAGCCCUGCGGCACCCGCGGCAGAGCCCCCUCGGGGACCCCUCCGGGGCACCCCGACUGCGUGAUCAGCACCCACCGGCGUGGGAGGGCGCACACGGAUGUGCUCGGGGCCAGGGAUGAGCUCAGACACGCGACCCGUACGUACCCCCGGUGCUGCCGGACGCGGGGACCCCCGACGGGACCCCCGGGAGGGUCCCGGGGACGCGGCUGCCCUGACCGGCGGCUGCGACGCGGCCGCGGCGGUCCCACCGCCCGCUCCGGCCCCGGCAAGUCCCUGCUCGCCACCCCGCCGCAUCCGCUGGCCACCGGGGCUCCCGGGACACGGCGCUGUGUCCCCCCCGCUCCAGUUUCCAGCGCGACCCCCUCCCCGCGGGACCGGGACUCUUCCCGUGGGGCUGAGACCCCUCCCGGGGUGCCGAGCCCCCGCUCCGGUGCCGAGUCCCGCGAGGGGCUGCACAGACUGGACCCCCCCCCCCCCCCCACCCCCGCCGCCACCGGUGCGGCCCCGUUCCCCUCCCCAAAAAUCCCCGGGGAGCUCCGCUGCGGCUCCGGGAAGCGCUGCCGUGGGCCGUGCGGCGGGGACGAUCCCGAACCCACCGCACCCCCCGACCCCGCAGCGUCCCCCCGACAUCGGGGCACCCCCCCGGGACUCACGGCAUCCCCCCAAAACCGCGGCAUCCCCCGAGCCCGCGGGCCCGGCUCCCACCGCCGCCCCCGUCCCCCCCCCGUCGGGGCUGCCGGUGCUGGGGGCAGCGGCGCCCGCCCGGCCCCGCCGCGGGGCGAGGCACCGGCGGGGCUGGGAGACGGGGCCGGGCCGCCUCUGCCCAGCCCGGGCCGUGACUCACGGGACGCUUCACCCGCCGCUGCCUCAGUUUCCCUGCGGUGA